AUGAAAAUACAGUUUAGUUUGGCAAUUUUUUUUAUUCAAUAUAUUUGUGGUGUCUCAGCCUGGAUGAGUGAAGGCCAUCUCAUUGGUAAUAACUUAAAAUUUUAAUCAUAUUUAGUCUCAAGAAUAGCCUACGAAAAACUCAUAAAAAAAAAUCCUAAUGCUUUUGCUAAAGCAUCUGAGCUUUUAAGUUAUGGUUCUAAAAUGAAUCCAUCUUUUAAAGUAUCCGAAGGCGAUUAUCCAUUCGUUGAAUCAUCAAUAUAUGCUGAUAUAAUAAAUUUUUAAGACGGCUAAUGGCAAACUUCCUGGCACUAUGUCAAUACUCCACUUUUAGAAAAAGGCAGUGAUAUUUCUUAGUUUCCGGAAUUUUAAUUCAAACCUGAGAACAUUACAUCUGCCAUCUAGGGUAUCUUAUCUUGGCUUAUUCAAGAAUAAGGAUUCUAGAAUAACUUUGUAUACUAGACAAUAAUGCAAAGAGUAGAAAACAAUGAGAAAUUAGGAUAAUCAUAUGCACUAAGGCUCCUAAUUCAUUAUGUAGGAGAUAUUCAUCAGCCUUUACAUUGUAUUUCUAAAGUAAAUAAGCAAAAUCCUAAAGGUGAUGAUGGGGCAAUCAAAAUCAAUGUACUAGAUCAAAAUGGUUCUACUACAUCUCUUCACUUACUAUCAGACUCUUUAGUUUAAAAUCUUUAUAGGAAUGAAACUUUAGGAUGGGCAGCAGAAAAUCUUCUUCUGGGUGAUAAAGUAUAUCAAGGAGUGAAAGAAAAUGAGCAAGUUCCAGAUGCAUAUAUAAAAGAAUAAUUAUUGAUUUUUGAACAGAGAUUACUUGUGGGUGGGUAUAGACUUGCCUUCCUGAUAGAAGGUUUGUUUGAUCGAGUAAAAUCAUCAAAAGAAAACAAAUUAUUCCUAAAAUAAAAAGAAUUAAUCAAUGAGCUUGAACCUACAAAUUUAAGUUAAAAGGAUUAAUAAAAAAUGCCUUGA